AUGAAAGAGGUGCCACCCGAAGGCGAUACCAUUGACGGGAUCUUCGUCCCCGGCGGAACGCGUAUCGGACACAACACACAGGGUAUCAUGCGGCGGCGGGAUAUCUUUGGUGAUGAUGCCGACAUCUUCCGGCCUGAGCGCUGGCUCAACAUCAUUACCGAGAAGAGACAAGAGAUGGUCCAGACGACAGAGCUUGUGUUUGGAUACGGCCGGUGGGGCUGCCUGGGCAAGCCGGUUGCAUUUUUGGAGCUGAACAAGGUUUAUGUUGAGCUGUGGAUGCGGGUGACAGAUCGGGCCGAGAAGACGCAGUGA